UGGUAACAACACGAAAGAGUCUUCUAAUGACUAUGACUGCGAAAAAGUAAGAGUCAAAUUGAGGAUGGAGUAUAAAUGGACGUGCGUGUUUGCAGCGGUGCUGCAAAUAAUUGGAGCAGUAAGACCGACGUGUCCGAGCGACCCCAACUGCGUUUGCGGCGGCACGCUCGCCGUCGAACUCAAUUGCAAUGUCGAUGGUCGGACUAUCACAAUUAAUUUAUUGCCGGAUAUAUAUAUCAACAUCAAAUGUGAGAAUGCAUCUUCUCUCGACUACAGCAAGUUGCCGAGAUGUGCUAGUCCACAAAGCUCUUUCAAAUCUGUCAGUUUCAAAGACUGCCCAUUACCAGUCACCUCAUUUGAAGAUGUUUUAACGAGUAUGGGUGUUUCAAAAACUAUGGCAUUAAUAUUCCAAAAUACUAAAAACUUAUCCGGUUUCUUUAACAGAAAGCACUUUGCAGGAUUACAAGAUUUGACGAAACUAUUACUGUCAAUCAAUGGGAAUACACAACUUCCCGAUAAUCUGUUCAUGGAUAUUAAUAACUUAACUUGGCUAAAUAUCAGAUCAAACAGCAUUUACCUGUCGGAGAAUCUACUUAAACCACUUGAGAAAUUGGAAACCCUAGAAAUAAGCCAUAACCACAUGACAAAUAUAUCAUCAAAUAUGUUUUCCCAUUUGUCUUUUCUGAAAAAACUUUCCUUGUGGCAGAGUAAUGUCACGUGGUUUUCAAAAGACUUCUUUACUGGAGUUAACGUCCUAGAAGAGCUCGAUCUCAGUUCGAAUGGUUUAAAUGAACUGCCGGCUUCGAUUUUCAAACCGCUGAGGAAACUCAAAAAGUUAACGUUGUUCUCAAACAAGUUUUCGUCUCUUCCUCGAAAUCUUUUCAAAGGCAACAGGGAGUUAGAAACAGUCAUUAUUCUCAACAACGACGUGACACUGAAAGAGUUGCCAAAAUAUUUGUUUGGGAGUUUAACCAAUUUAAAACAAGUGUACAUUCAGAGAUGUGGUUUAAUGACUGUACCAUACGAUUUGUUUAUUGAUUCUCCCAAUAUUACGAAUAUUUCAUUACCAUACAACAAUCUCAACGCAUUGCCCGAAGCUAUCUUCAAUGACCAGAUUAAUCUACUAGAGUUAGAUUUGAGCCAUAACAAUCUAAAGGACUUGGAACCGAAACUAUUCUCGUCUCUGGUACGAUUGGAGUCGCUUAACUUGGAUUAUAAUAAUUUGGUGGAAAUUUCUGGCUCAACAUUUUCGCCAUUGUUAAGUCUUAUUUAUUUAAGCAUGGAACACAAUAAUCUGAAAACCGUCUCGUCAUAUUUAUUCAGCAACAACAAACAGAGAAUGUACAUAUCCCUUGCAUACAAUAAUUUAAAUUUUGAAUACAAUGGACUGGACAAUAAUAUAUGGCCCGCGGAACCUGUCCAAAUAUCCCCUUUCAGUAACACAUAUAAUUUAAGGGUAUUAAACCUAAGUCAUAAUGAAUUUAAAAACACUUUCAUCGAUUGGUUUGUAAACGGACACGACACAUUAGAUAUAAGAUAUAAUGAUAUAUCUUUAUUAAUGGGUAAAAGGGUCAAUCCUAUAGAAAAAAGACGUCUAAAUCAAGAUAAUUCAUACCAUCACGUUUUAAUCGCCAAUAAUCCAAUCAAUUGUGAUUGCCACACCUGGAACCUCAUGAAAGAUAUGCAGUCUCGACAUUUCAAGUGGGACGAUAUGGCUGCUUUGCGAUGUUCACGUUGGAGCAAAAUGUGCCAGAAAGAUGAAGAAGUGUUCCUUUACGUGGUGUGUGCUGCUGUCGCAUUUGUAUUAAUAGCUGCAACAAUAGGUUUUUACUUAUACCGUAGAAGACUAUACUAUGUUACAAAAACAACUAUUCGCAAAGCAUUGGAUUCUACAGUUUCAAAACCGAGACAGCUAAAUUUAACGAUAAAAUGCGCCGAACAAGAUAAAGAAUUUAUUGAAACAAAUAUUUUACCGGUUCUGAAUACGUAUCAAAAUGUUACUACAGAAGUUGUUUAUUCCAACCACUGUAAAGAGACAUACAAUGAAAAAUACAUCACAGGCGAUGCAAAAGAAAAACGCAUCACUCUCGUCGUGUUUUCGCCAAACUACUUAACAUCUGCUUAUCGCGAUGUGAACAUAAAGAAAAUUCGUGGCGAAAUAUUAAAGGCACGGAACACUAUUUAUGUAUUCGUUGAUAUCGGUCCGGACAAUUCAAUAUACGCAUUUCUAAAGGAGCAGAGAGAUUAUCGUACUUCGAUUUUGUGGAGUGAUUCGAAGUUUUGGCAAAAUUUGUUAGUGUUAGUGAAAUAUAGUAAACGCAGUCAACAUGCCGCUCAUGAACGCAUUGCCAGCUCUGAAAAUGCUGAUAUAACUCGACUUGGAUAUCCUCACUUGUACGCAAUCGACACAGUUGCUCACAGUCAAGUUUAGUUGAUUUUUUAUUUAUUUAGUGAGGUAAAGACUGAUCUCCGUCAUGUUAAAAAUCAUUCUCAUAAUUUUAUUUCCAUUGAAGUCAUUGUAGAUUCAUAGUUAUCAAAUACGACGCAUGUUGGUAUAGUUAGAAUUCAAAUUAAAUUACAAAUAAUGUUUAUGUUAUGGACUUAUUGUGAAAAUGCAUGCGAAGUAAUUUUUUACGAAGAUAUUUUAUCUUGUAAACAUUUAGAUUAAGGAUGAUUGUUGAAUAACCUGUGUAAGUAGGUAAACCUACUAUUUGUUAGACGUAUUAUGCUUGAACUUCAAAGAAGUGGAUCAAUAACACGAUACUAUCCUUCAGGCGUAAAGUUCUGUUUCGUUAAAUGGUAAAUACAUUUCAUGAAAAAUAUUCAUUAAAUAUUAAGUUUCAAGGAAACUGUAUAUUGCUAAAACUGUCAACUACGGUUUGUAUUUAAAUAAAAAGUAAAAGUUA